AUGUCGCAGUCACGGCGAGCGGACGAAGAUGCGAAUAGCAUAGAGGCGGCGGCGGCGGCGGCGGUGGCGGACCAGGAUGUGUGCGCUACACAUCCGCAACGUGUUAGCGGGCUGCGGCGGUUUUUCCACGCGCACCAAUUGUACGAGAGCGUGCAACCAAUUUUCAUAAUCACCUUUUGGCAUGGCCUAACCCCGUUCUUUAUUAAGAGUGAUGGCACAGGCAAUAAGAAACUGAAAGAAUCGAUUUUCGGUUACUUGAAUACGCUGUUGCAUAUAACGAUUUAUGUCGGGUGUUAUGUUAUGACAUUGAUGAAUAAUUUCGAAACUAUUGCGGGUUAUUUCUUUAACACGGGCAUCUCACGUUUCGCUGACACUAUGCAGAUUGUGAGCGGUUUAAUUGGCAUAACGGUGAUUUAUUUUACCGCCAUUUUGCCGAAACAUCGCUUGCAGCAUAGUUUACGCAUUAUGCAGGAUAUGGAUGUGUUGUUGCAUAGUGUUGGUGUUAAGAUACUGUACAGUAAACUGUUGCGUUAUUCCUAUCUGAGUUUAUUGGUCGUUUUCGCCGUGGACACAGUGUACUCUUGUGGAAAUUUUUUAUUAUUGAAAUCGGCUGAGCUGGAGCCGUCAACGCCGCUUUAUAUUGUCUUUACACUGCAACACACCGUUAUAUCGAUCGCAACUGCGUUGUUUCAAGGCAUUGCGAAGAUGUUGGAGUUGCGUUUGGUUAUGUUGAAUAAGGUUUUAAAGAAUCUGGCACAUCAAUGGGACAACAGUAUUGUCAAACCAUUACCAAAACAACGCUCACUGCAAUGCUUGGAUAGCUUCUCCAUGUACACUAUAGUUACGAAGGAUCCUUGUGAGAUUAUACAGGAAUCCAUGGAAAUACAUCACAUGAUUUGUGAUGCUGCAUCAACAGCAAAUAAAUAUUUUACUUAUCAACUUUUAACUAUAAUUUCCAUUGCAUUCUUAAUAAUCGUCUUCGAUGCCUACUACGUGCUGGAGACUUUGUUGGGUAAAUCGAAGCGAGAGAGUAAAUUUAAAACUGGCGAAUUCGUUACAUUCUUUUCGUGUCAAAUGGUUUUAUAUCUCAUUGCGAUCAUAUCAAUUGUGGAGGGCAGUAAUCGUGCUAUCAAGAAGAGUGAAAAAACCGGCGGUAUUGUCCACACGCUACUUAACAAAGCCAAGAACGCUGAAGUGAAGGAAAAACUGCAACAAUUUUCCAUGCAGUUGUUGCACUUGAAAAUAAAUUUCACCGCUGCUGGUUUAUUCAAUAUAGAUCGCACACUUUAUUUUACGAUUAGUGGUGCUCUCACUACCUACUUAAUUAUACUUUUACAAUUUACAUCUUCUAAUACUUCAGAUGACCAUGCUGCAGCUCACACACAUUUGAAUGCCAGUUCAACAGCCGGCAUAAAAUAAACAUAUUUUACUAUCAUAUUAUAUAUGUAAGGCGAUGGUUCAAUAUGUAAGAGCUUCUUAUUUUAUAAUUUAUCUAUGCAGAAAACAUAGAUAUAAUCAAUACAUAGAAGUGUAACUAGUUUUAAAUG